UUGUCGGAAUGCCGCACUCAGCCCCCGCCGUUCCCGGAGCAACAGGGAAAAUGGCAGCCCUCACCACCCUCACUCAGCUUUCGAGUGGGAACCCAGUGUAUGAAGGUUUUUACAGGCAGGUCGAUCCAGGAAACACUGGGCGGGUCGGACCUACAGAGGCUGCUUUGUUUCUGAAGAAAUCGGGCUUGCCGGAUGUCACUCUGGGAAAGAUCUGGGACCUCGCUGAUCCUGACGGAAAAGGUUUCCUGGACAAGCAGGGAUUUUACGUGGCGUUGCGGCUCGUGGCCUGCGCGCAGAGCGGUCAGGAUGUGUCGAUCACAAGUUUCAACCUCACCGCCCCGCCUCCUAAAUUUAAGGACCCCAGUAGCCCAUCAUUAAGUGGCGCUUCAUCAACAGACAGCCAUUGGGCUGUUAGGCCUGAAGAGAAAAGCAAGUUCGAUGGUAUUUUCGACAGUCUGGCGCCAGUAAACGGUUUACUCUCCGGAGAAAAGGUCAAGCCAGUUCUCAUGAACUCAAAGCUCCCCGUGGAUGUGCUUGGAAAGGUUUGGGAUUUGAGCGAUAUUGAUAAAGAUGGGCAUCUGGACAAGGACGAGUUUGCAGUGGCCAUGCACCUGGUGUACCGUGCUCUGGAGAAAGAGCCUGUUCCCUCUAUUCUACCCUCCUCCCUCAUCCCUCCUUCCAAACGCAAGAAAUGUGUCUCCUUAUCGAGCAUGACACCCGUGCUGCCAGGAAGCCCACCUCCUCCGAAAGACAGCCUGCGUUCCACACCGUCACACGGCAGCAUGAACUCGCUGAACAGCGCCGGGAGUCUGUCACCUAAACACACACUGAAAUCCACACAGCACUCUGUGAACUGGGUGGUGCCCGCAGCUGACCGAGGACGAUACGACGACAUCUUCCUUAAAACGGACGCCGACCUCGACGGCUUUGUGAGCGGCCAUGAAGUGAAGGAUAUCUUCAUGCAGUCCGGCCUUCCACAGAACAUUCUGGCACAUAUAUGGGCUUUGUCAGACACGCGGCAGAUUGGCAAGCUGACACGCGAGCAGUUCGCCCUGGCCAUGUACUUCAUUCAGCUGAAAGUGACCAAAGGAGUGGAUCCUCCCCAGACCCUGACCCCUGACAUGAUCCCUCCAUCUGAGAGAGGGACCCCUAACAUGUCGGGGUACAUGGCUCCUGUGGGCUCGGAGAUGGUAGCCAUGUCUGAAAUGCGCAGAGACAGCUCCAGCUCUGUGGGUUCUGGCGAAUUUACAGGAAUCAAAGAGCUGGAUGAUCUGAGUCAGGAAAUCGCUCAGCUGCAGAGGGAGAAAUACACACUGGAGCAAGAUAUCAGGGAGGCGGAGGAAGCCAUCAGACACAAAACUACUGAGGUUCAGGAAAUGCAGAACGAUCUGGACAGAGAAACAUGCAGCCUGCAGGAGCUGGAGGCUCAGAAGCAGGACUCUCAGGACAGACUGGACGAGAUGGACCAACAGAAAGCCAAGCUGGAGGACAUGCUCAAUGAAGUGCGACACAAGUGCCAGGAGGAGUCGCAAAUGAUCUCAUCCCUCCAGAGUCAGAUCCAUUCUCAGGAGUCGGACCUGCUGAACCAGGAGGAGGAGCUGAGCCGGGCUAAAGCGGACCUGAGCCGGCUCCAGCAGGAGGAGGGCCAGCUGGAGCAGAGCCUGCAGGCUGGCAAGAUCCAGCUCGAGACCAUCAUCAAGUCUCUGAAGGCAACGCAGGAUGAGAUCAACCAGGCUCGUAGCAAGCUCUCUCAGAUCCAGGACAAUCAGCAUGAGAUCAGCAAAAGCAUCGAGCAGUACAGCAGCGCUCUAAAUGGCACACACGGAGGCAGCAUGACCAACCUGGCCGACAUGAGCGAGGGGUUUCCUGACAAGGAGAACGGGGGCUUCGGGGUCAUGGAUGAUCCCUUCAAAGUGAAGUCCAGUGUGUUCAUCACAAACUCUCAGGAGAUGCACACAGACCCCUUUCAGUCAGAAGACCCUUUCAAAUCCGACCCUUUUAAAGGUGAUCCCUUCCAGAACGAUCCUUUCGCCAAGCAGCCUCCCACAGUAACAGAUCCGUUCGGCGCAGAUCCGUUUAAAGAGACAGACCCGUUCAAGACCACUUCAGAAGAUUUCUUUAAGAGGCCGACCAAGGCUGAUCCCUUCACCAGCUCAGACCCUUUCAGUAAAAGUGCUACCUUCCAGUGAAGUCUCAUCACUUCUCGAGCAGUGACCCCUUUGCCUCUACCAGCCCUAAACACAAAGGCUCAGACCCAUUUGGAACACUGGAGCCUUUUGGAAGCAGCUCAUUUGGCAGCAACAGUGGCUUUGCUGAUUUUAGUCAGAUGUCAAAG